AUGUCUCAACAUCCUUCGUCAUCUGGUUCCAAAUCCUCCCAACAUGCAAAGACUUCAUCCAUGGAGUUUGUAGAUGAAGACGUAAUGGACGUCACUCCUCUGUGCAUGAUACCGGGCGACACCACAGGUACCUCCUCCAAUGCUGGAGAUACGCAAGGUAAUACCUCUGGUAACUCCUUUCUUCCCAAAGACAUGUAUUACACUGAUCGCGCUAUAAGGAGACUGGUUACUGGAAUAUUGAGUGAAGGACAUAAAGUUGAAGGGGUCUCUACCCCUCUGUCUAGAAGGGAACCCUCUCCUGAGAGAGAACCCCAUGCUGAUAAAGAUGAUGAUUCAUCUAGAUCAGAAAAAGAGGUGGCUGCUGAAGGGCUUUUCUCUCUAGCUGAGAAACUGAGAGCUGCUAGAGUGAAAAAGACUGCAGGAGUAGGACCCUCAAAACCCUGGAGUAAGGUUGAGGUUGGAAAAAGAAAAGAAAGAGACAGCUCUGAUUCUGAGGUGGAUGUUAAAGACGAUGUCCUAGACAUCUCCCCUGCAAAAAGGCAGGCUGUUCAGAAAUCUCCUGGCAAGGCUGCUGCUGUUCAUCUAGACAAUAUCUCUUUUCAUUUGGAAGAUGGAGCAGCAAAGUGGAAAUAUGUCAUUCAGAGAAGAGUAGCCAUUGAAAGAGAACUUGGACAAGAAGCUGUAGAGGUAAAGGAGAUAUUCAUGACAAGAACAGCAGGGAGUUUUGCAAAGUAUUUGUAA